CCUGCCUUGGUGCCAUCCGAUUCUUCCUCCCUUCUCUCUUAUCCCCAUCUCCCUUUUCCCUUUCCUUCUUCCUCCUCCGAUCGAUCUUUCUUCAACUGGGUUUUCGACCCUGUUCUUGAAUUUUUCCGAUUCUUAUUGGGUUUCCCUCGAUUUGUCUCCAUGUUGAGUGUAUUCUCUUAAAGGUUUUGUCUUUUGGUUUUGAUCGUGUUGGUGUUCCUUUGUGUUCUCUGAUCUCCGUUGGGCUGUUCUAGUUUUUUUUGGUGGGUACAGUUCUGUUACUAUGAGGAGAGGAAGAGGAGCAACCACUGCUGCAGCCGUUGCUGCAGUCGGGAAUACCAAACCGGGAGUUGAACCUAAUGGAUCUGUGAAGGAGCCGAGAUACAGAGGCGUCCGGAAGAGACCGUGGGGGAGAUUCGCGGCCGAGAUCAGAGACCCUUUUAAAAAGACGAGGGUGUGGUUAGGUACCUUCGAUUCCGCGGAGGAUGCGGCCCAGGCUUACGACGCCGCCGCCCGCAGUCUCCGUGGACCCAAGGCGAAAACUAAUUUCCCUCCUAAUUCUACACACUUCACAUCUUUCCCUUAUGAAAACCCCAAUGAACAGUUCAUGGACCACCGGCUGUACCCUCUCAACGAAUUCCAAGAUCACGAAGUGAAUCCGCAGAGACCCACCAGCAGUAGCAUGAGUAGCACAGUUGAGUCGUUCAGUGGUCCCAGGCCUCCACAGAAAUCGACGAAUAUUGCUGGGGUUUCCCGGAGAUACCCUCGGACUCCACCGGUGGUGCCGGAGGAUUGCCACAGCGACUGCGAUUCAUCAUCGUCCGUGGUAGAUGAUGGAGAUAUUGCCUCCUCUUCACGCCGGAAGCCGCUGCCUUUUGAUCUCAAUCUUCCGCCUUUGGACGAUGUUGAUAUCACGGCGGAUGACCUCCAGUGCACUGCUUUGUGCCUCUGAUGAUGGUGCAACAGAUAAACUUCCUGAUGAUCAAUGAUUCAACCCUUUUUUUUAUAUUAUUACGCGAAAAAAAUGGAAAAAAAAUUGAGAUGAGAUUAAGAAUCUAAGAUUAAGAUGAAAUGAUCUUAAUUUCAUGAGUAUGAAAUAUGAUCCUUUGAUUUUUAAUUAUCUGUUGGAUUAGGGUUUAUGAUGUUAUGAGAUUUGGCUUCUCUCUCUUUUAACUACUUGUUAGUUCUCUUGUAUAAAAAAAUUAUCUAAUU